AUGGACACCCCAUUCGAACAAGCACCCGCUCUUCCCCCGGGUCCGUCUCUUCUUGAUGAUAAUGAAUCCAACAUGCUCGACAACUUCUUUACUACCAUGAAUGCGAACCACUUUACGAAUGACUUUUGGAUGCGACAAGAACAUAAAUCCGGGGUACCAAACUUCGACUGGUCUGGCGAACUGCCUCCGAACUUUGAAGGAUCGACGACUUCACUGUCUCAGCCAUCGUUUCAGCAGCAUGGACUUGGCAAAUCAAACGGGGGGAUGAUGGCAGGAAAUCCUACAGGUCAGGACAUAUUUGCAGCAGCGUCCAUGCUAUAUCAGAGUGGCCUAAACGGGCAAGAUAUCGGGUCCACGCUAGCGCAGCAGGCUUUUGCAGGACACCCUAUGCCACAAAAUGGGACCCACAUGAGGAAUGAUUCACAAGCCAGAAAUGUCGGGCAAGGGCCGAGUACCUCUCCGUCUCGGGCUGAUGUGCCCACUGGAUAUCAUACAUCAGAGAUGUUUUUUGACGUCCGAGAUCCCAUUCCAGCCGACCAGCAUCCAUCAAGAAAGGUCCGCAGUCUCCGCUGGGGCUCAGAUGUCAGUUUUAUGGACCAAGGCUACCUUCGCCCACCCGACCAACCUGAUGAGGAACAGCGGACAAAGGAACUGCUAGAUCAUCUAGGAUGCUUUGAAACACAGAGCAGCGCAGCCAACACACGACCUCCCAGUCCGGAACGGAUGGUCGACGGGGCUGUCCAUCGGAACUCCUUCGCAUCACAAUCCAUUGGUUCAAUCCCCGACGACAGCUUACAGAUACGGAAACGGUCGCGAACUAUGAAAGAAGACGGCGACCUCUCCGACGAAGAGGAUGGAAGACCCCAUUCCAGAAAAUCCAGAGGAUCCAUAAGUAAAGGACGACGGGUGUCAACAGAUUUGUCUCGGAAAGCUCGUAUACAGCCAGGAUCCAAAGCUGCACGAGAGAACCUCUCCGAAGAGCAGAAGAGGACCAACCACAUCCUUUCAGAACAGAAGCGCCGAAAUCUCAUCCGUCAAGGGUUCGAAGAUCUAUGUACGCUCGUGCCAGGGCUCAGAGGCGGCGGGUUUAGCAAGAGCGCAAUGCUCACUUCCGCUGCUGAUUGGCUUGAAGAUCUUCUCCAUGGAAAUGAUAUCCUCCGAGGCCAACUACAUGAGCUCAAAGGCAUCAAUGGCUUGGUAAUGCCAAGAUAA